AUGGCAGGACCGGACAAGAGGACGAAGCUACAGACCAAUUUGAGCGGCACAAAAAUGUCCUUCUCCCAUUCAUCCGAAGACGCCGCAAUUCUCCCGCUCAGACGUAGGUCCUCCGUUUUGCGUUACCUGGCACAGCAUUUCGACCUCCUCUUACCUCGUAUGUCGACAAAGGAGAUCCACAUAAUAUCAACGAACAAGCCGAUCGGUUUGGCCACAAAGCCCAGUUUACGCAUCAGGUCCGAGCACUAA